CUCAGCCAAUGAACGGAUAACUAAAUUCCUGCUCUGCUUGACGACAAUUUGCGGCUGUGUCGUCCUCAAGCAACUCGGUCACCAUUCCUCAAUUCAGGGAUAUUAACUCUGCCAUCGGAGCUCUCAUCACUUUCGUUUAUACCCCAGUGCGACGGCCCCUGCCACGGCGACAUGAGUUUAUCUGACUAGUCAAGCUCUGAAUCCAAAACGCAGCCUCACCCUUUUCUCUGUCAUCACAGCGGUUUCGUCCUCGACGACCCUUGGUCGGGCCGCCCACGAGCGAUGUCCGAAGUACAUUCAGCCCGAGAAGCGCAGAAUACAGCUGAGCGAAGCUCUGCUUCUUCGUCAACCGUACUCCCUCGGAAGGGUUCGGACGCGUCUCCCGAACAUCGAACGCAGAAUGGCGACGUUGAACUUAAAGAUAUCAAUUCCCGCAACGAAGGCGAAAGAGCCUUGCCGAUUGAAGAGGAUAUAAUGCAACUUGCACGGCUGGGGGAAAUAGGUGCUAUUCAGAAGCUCUUCGAAAGCGGGAAAUAUGAUGCAAAGUAUCGAGAUGAAGAGGACAUUACGCCUUUACAUUGGGCUGCGAUUAACAAUCGAUAUGAGCUCUGCAAGUUUUUACUCGAUUCAGGUGCAGAUGUGAACGCAAAGGGCGGUGAAUCCGUCGCUACACCGGCCAUGUGGGCAGCUCAACGGUGCCACUAUUAUAUCGUCGAGCUCCUCCUUCGAUACGGAGCGGAUCCUCUUUUAACGGACGUUCAAGGCUAUAAUAUAUUACAUCUGGCAACGAUCGAUGGAAAUGCCUUCCUCCUCGUACUGCUUCUGCACCAGGAGAUCCCUGUGGAUGUGACGGAUCCCCAGGGACAUACCGGUUUGAUGUGGGCAGCAUACAAAGGGUUUCCGGCGUGUGUCGAUCUAUUUCUUCGAUGGGGUGCAAAUGUGAAUGCCGCAGAUGAAGGCGGGCUUACGCCGCUCCACUGGGCUUUGGUUAAAGGCUCGACACCUUGUAUACAGAAAAUUAUUGAAUAUGGUGCCGACCGCUAUGCAAAAACGAGAGACGGCAAGACUCCCGCUAUAGUGGCUGAAGAGAUGAAGACAACGCAUUUUUGGCGUCGCGCGCUGAGUGAAUGUGGGUAUGACCCGAACGGGGAUGUAAUACAGAUGCCUCUCGGCCUCGCUACGAUCUUACGAACGAGACGAUAUAUUUCUAAGUUUUUCUUCCUUUGGCCUUUUGCUAUGAUCUUUGGUGCUGUGUGGAUACUCAGCGAGUUUACGGUUUAUGUAUCUGUACCAUUAACGCUUGCUUUCAUUUUUGGCAUGCAAUGGAUGGCGCAAUGGGUAGCGAACCGGAGCCAUGCGGAGUUUCGGGUGCUUCAAAGAACGUCUUUCCUGGCAGGCGUGUUUGCAGCCUCGCUUUUCUGGAUCGGUGUUCGAUGGCUUUUGACAGUACUCCCAGAUACCUACUCCACCUAUCCUUUCCUCAAUUUCUUCUUUGCCGUAUUCUUUUUUCUUACGUCCUACUUUUAUUUCCUAUCCAUGAUCGAGGAUCCAGGCUACGUGCCCAAACUCAGCAGCAGAAAUCAGCAACGAACAUGCAUAAUGGAACUAUUUAAGUCAUGGCAGUUUGACGAAGACAACUUUUGUGUUUUCUGCAUGAUAAGGAAACCUUUGAGGAGCAAGCACUGUCGGCGCUGCAGACGUUGCGUUUCAAAGCAUGAUCACCAUUGCCCGUGGAUUGAUAAUUGCGUCGGCACGAAUAAUCUUCGUCAUUUCGUUUUGUAUAUUUUUAGUAUGGAAGUCGGUAUCAUUCUUUUCAUCCAGCUGGUGAUAAACUACCUAGGAGCCUUGCCUCCGCCUACCGAUUCAGAAUGUAAUAUUCUCUCCUCAUCUCUAUGCAGCAUGGUAAAACGUGAUACGUUUACCAUAAUCCUCACGUUUUGGAUAGCCCUCCAGCUGGUCUGGGUUACCAUGUUAUGUGUUGUUCAGCUCGUUCAAAUCUCACGAAACCAAACUACAUAUGAGAACAUGAAAGGACAUGCAUUCGAUUAUGCUAAUCCUGCCUCGCGAGCAAUCACAUCUGCUCUUACCACCGGAACCACCUCAGCAGAGCUGGGUGGCCUAAACUCAACAGGGCAAGGUCCCAACCCAUCAAUCCCGCCGCCAGGCCAUAGGCGGCAUCACCGUCAUGCCCAUGGAGGCUGUCUUUCGCAAUGGAAGAAACUGCUGGGGUUGGAUACUUUCAUGGCUACGGCUCAAGAAGGCCUUGGAGAUCGUCGGGCGGCUCGUGCGCAAAACCCGUUCUCUCGCGGGAUCGUCACCAACUGUCGAGACUUCUGGUGUGAUCCUGCUCCUUAUUUUGGCAGAAGAGCACCUGGUUCCGCCAUGUUGAACGGAGAAGUUGUAAACUACAAUGACAUGUAUGAGGUACCAUUGAGGUUAAGGACUGGUGUGUCGGGGAUGGUUUAUCGAAGUGUUGCAACAGAGGACGUGUGACGCCGACAUGAUUUGUUUGUCAUGCAUUCCGGUCUGUUCCCGCGAAUUGAAGGUCAUGCAAUGUUCGGCCUUCAUGAUGGCUCCUAGCCUCGGUGAUAAGAGAUAACUGCAUCAAGUUGGAGCUAGCUUCGGCCUUGUCGCCUGGUUUCCGCGGCUUGGUUCCACAAGCUGGUGGUGAUUGUAAUUCCCGACAAAGCAUCAGCUUUUGAAGCCUAAGUACUCCGUACGGCGCCACUAAAUGACCAGAGAGCCUCGGACGGCAGACUGCUGUCAGAUAAACACGCUAGCACUCAACAUCUUCGUGUAAAUUCUUUGUCAAGUGUGGAUAGAUUCCAAAUAGUAAUUACAGAUGCUUUGAGUACGUA